AUGUUGACAACAGAAAUGUCGGAGGCUGAUGUGUCAGCCUUGAGAGCCAACAAGGAGAGACUUGCAAUUGACCUACAUGAGUCAUGUAAAUGGGGGUUUGGCAUUCGCUGGGGGGAGGGGUCAACCGAUACCGGAAUGCAGCGUCUCGCCUUAUCUGAAGAGGACAAGAGCGUCCGGGACUGGUUCAUUCAAACUAUGAAAGACCUUAAGUGUCAGAUUACCAUCGACGAGAUGGGCAACAUAUUCGCAGUCCGUCCUGGCCGAAGGACAGACGUGCCAGCUACUUUCAUCGGCAGUCAUCUGGAUACACAACCAACAGGAGGACGUUAUGAUGGAAUUCUGGGAGUUUUAUCUGGCGUGGAAGCGAUAAAGAGAAUGGACGAACUGGGUCUGGAAACCGAAGGAGGUGUAGGCGUCGUUAACUGGACUAAUGAAGAAGGAGCCCGAUUCCCUAUCAGCAUGAUCGCGUCUGGCGUAUGGGCCGAGUUCAUUCCACUAUCACAGGCCCAUGAGCUCAAGGAAGUACCCACAGUAGCUUCGCUGCCAACAGCUAGCUCGGCUCCCGAAACUAUGAAGAGUGCCUUGGAGAAGAUCGGCUAUCUUGGCAGCGUGCCCUGCUCAUAUAAAACCACACCAAUGGCAGCUCAUUUUGAAGUGCACAUUGAACAAGGACCCCAUCUGGUUUCCGCUGGCCAACGAGUUGGAGUCGUUACUGCAGUGCAGGCCUACCGCUGGUUCCGGUUGAAUGUGAUCGGACGAGACACGCACACAGGCACGACGGCAUUUGAGCACCGUGCCGAUGCAUUGUAUGCAUUUGCUCAAAUGAUGGUUCGCGCACGAGAGGUCGCUGCAUCCAAAAGCUGUCUUGCUAGCGUUGGCAUUAUCGAGGCGAAGCCUGGAAGUGUGAACACUGUUCCUGGAACAGUCAGCUUCAGCUUGGAUAUUCGUGGACCUGAAAGUGCUUUAGUCGUUGAGGUUGAGAACCAGCUUCGUAGCGAUUUUGAUGCUAUUGCUGCUGCAGAAGGCGCUGGUAUUGGCAAGCCUUGCCGUGUUGAGUGGACGCUUGACUUUGACUCGCCUGCUAUAAAGUUCCACGAGGACUGCAUUGAUUGCGUUCAGGAGUCUGCCCACGCUGUUGUGGCGGAUGAGCCUGUGGCAGACACUAAAUCCUUAGUGAGGACCAUCAUGAGUGGCGCUGGUCAUGACAGUGUCUUCACCUCCAAGCGAGUGCCGACUAGUAUGAUCUUCGUUCCAUGUAAGGAUGGCCUGAGCCACCACCCGGAGGAAUUCUGCUCUGCGGAUGAUUGCGCAACUGGAGCGUCGGUUAUCCUGCAAGCUGUGGUACGAUAUGAUCGAAAGAGGUUCACUAAAAGUUAG